AUGGUCACCUACUUGGGAGCAGCGUCUGAUCUUUCUUUGGACCAUAUUGAGAGACCAGAUGUUUGGGGCCUUGUGGAAAAAGCACAAGUGUAUUAUAUUGCAGGCUUCGUAAUAAAUACAUGUUAUGAAGGUAUGCAUAAAAUAGCUACACAUUCCUUGGAAAAUGGAAAGUUAUUUUGUUUCAAUCUUAGUGCUCCUUUCCUUCCUCAAUACAAUACUCAGCAAGUAAAUGAAAUGAUAUCGUAUUCAAACAUAGUCUUUGGAAACGAAGCUGAAGCUAAAGCAUAUGGAGUAGCUAAUGGUCUUCAGGAUAGAACUGUUCAUGGAGUAGCACGUUUCCUAGCUGAUUUACCAUUUGCUGAUGGAAAACAGCGUAAACGACUGGUUAUAAUAACUCGAGGAAAAGACCCCUUAAUAUAUACAAACUCUUUUGAAUCGGAUGUCCACCAAUUUAUGGUAGAGCAUGUUGAAGACCAUCAAAUAGUCGAUACGAAUGGAGCUGGAGAUGCAUUUGCUGCCGGAUUUAUUGCAGAUUACAUACGUAAAAAGCCAUUGAUCACGUCGCUGCAAUCUGCUGUGAGAGCCGCUACCUAUAUUAUAUGCAGAUCUGGAUUCUCCUUAGGUUCCAGAGAAAAUUAUUUUUUAAAAUUAAAUAAAUAG